ACCAUAAACAAAACUCCUUUUCCUUUUGUCUACGGACACGUCGUGAGCACGUUGUUUCUGUAGCUAGUUUUUACGAUAAAACUAGAAAAAUGUCGUCCCAUCUUAACUGGAUGAUCAUCCGCAACAACAACGCCUUCCUCGUGAAGAAGCGUAACGUCAAGAAGCCGUUCAGCAAGGAGCCUAACAAUGUGACUAACCUCAACUCCUACAGAUACAACGGCCUGAUCCACAAAAAAGCUGUCGGCGUGGUCGAGAACCCGGACAGGAAAGGAUUCACAGUUGUCACCAAGAAGGUUAAGGCUGGAAACAAGCCCGUCAAGAACACCGUACGCCGUUCAUUCAAAGCUGGCGCCAGGCGAUCACUCUUCAAGGUAAAGAAGCUGCUGAAAGCUAACCACUAUCGCACCGAUCUGACCAAGGCUACUCUGCGCCGUGCCUCCGCUAUCCUCCGCUCCCAGAGGCCCAUCAAGGCGAAGAAACCUAAAGCAGCCGCCGCUAAGACCGAAUAAGUUUUGUAUAUAAGCUGACAAUAAAAAAAAUCUAAAAACCA